CGUUCCUCGCAGGCCGUCUUAAAAGUCUCACCACGUCCCGCAGCAUGGCUUAAGCCAUCAUGACAGCAGUUUUUGGCGCUGGCGAGGACAGAUUCUUGAUUCGAACACCGCGAUAGCCAUCGUUUCCCACCUUCCGUUUCCCGAUCGCCCUCUCCCCUCCCACUCCCGACACUCCGAAUUGAACACCUCGCGAUAACCUCCUGAUUCUCCCGAUCGCGGCCUAAUCGCGGAGACCCGACCUCCCUACAACAAUGUCCGGCAAUUUUGAGAAAUCCGUGAAGGGGGCCACAAAAGUCAAACUUGCGGCCCCCAAAUCCAAAUAUAUCGAGCAUAUCCUGGUAGCGACGCAUACCGGCGAGGCCGGCGUGGCAGAGAUCUUUCGAACGGUGCAGCUGCGACUUCGUGAUUCAACAUGGACAAUUGUAUUCAAGUCCCUGAUCGUGAUCCACAUCAUGAUCAGGGAGGGUCAAUUAGACGCUACGUUGCAGUACAUGGCCGAAAACCCGAGGAAGCUGGCAAUCAGCGGGUUUUCCGAAGCUCAGUCGCAAGGGCACAACAUCCGAAGAUAUUCCGAUUACCUCAUAGCACGCUCCAACGCAUUCGAGGCCACCAAGACCGACUUCGUACGGAGCGGCCAAGGGCGGAUGAGACGACUGACAGUCGAAAAGGGUCUUUUAAGAGAAACGGAGAUUGUUCAGAAACAGAUCCGCGCCCUAUUGAAAUGUGAUCUCUUGACGGACGAAGUUGAGAAUGAGAUCACCCUCACAGCCUUUCGGCUGUUGACUCUGGACCUCCUGACUCUCUAUUCGGUUAUGAACGAGGGUACUAUAAACGUAUUGGAGCAUUACUUCGAGAUGUCCCGGCCCGAUAGCGAGCGGGCACUUGAGAUCUACAAGACGUUCACGGUGCAGACAGAGGAAGUAGUGAAAUUCCUCGGCGUUGCCAGGCACUUUCAAUCAGCAACGCGGCUCGAGAUCCCCAAACUCAAGCAUGCGUCUACGGACUUGACCCGACUUCUUGAGGACGACUUGAACGACCCGGAUUUCGAUCUCCGACGGCGCGAAUACCUGCUCUCCAAGGGAAAACCCGCCGGCGCUGUACCCAAAGUCACGGCAAGCAACACCGGCGGCGUGGGCGUCAGGGCUGCCAGCAACCCCAAUUCCGCGCCCGCGCCCGCGCGACCUCAAACCGCCGAUCCCAGUUUGACAAAGAAGGAUAACCCGACGGACUUGAUAGACUUCUUUGAUUCCAUCGAACAGCCGGCACAGCAGCAUUUGGCCGCGCACCAGAUGCAACAGCCACCGUUCCAGCAGCAGCCGCAGGCAAUGCAGUAUCAGCAGACCGGCUUCCAACAGCAACCCCAGCCAGGGGGUUUCUACCCGCAGCAAACCGGAUUCCAGCAGCAACAGCCUCAAGCGACGGGCUACGGUCAGCCCGGGGCGUUUGGGGACUCAUUUGGCCAGGCGGGCCAGAAUCCAUUUGGACAACCCCCACAACAGCAAGCUCCUCAACCACUCCAGCCGAUGCCGACGGGAGCGGGAUUCGGUGGUUACACUCCUCAACCACAGGCUUACCCCCAGUCCACCCUUGUGCCUAACCCACAAAACAAUCUUUCGCCGUUCCCCCAGCAGCAGCAGCAGCCACAGCAACCGCAGCAGUUGCAACCGCAAACCACGAAUCCAUUCCGGCAAUCAAUGCUAGUGAGCCAGCAGACCGGAUCGGGCCUGUCGCCCCAGCAAAUCAACCGACAGAGCACCAAUCCUUUUGCCCGACGAUUGUCCGCUGUCAACCCGCAGUUCAACGCUGGCGACCUGUUUUCGCAACAGGCUCAGCAACCUGCGCAACCUCCGCCGCCUCAAGCGCCUCCACAGCCCGCCCAGCAACUGCAACCUCAGCGAACGGGAACGAAUCCGUUUGCUCGAAGCUCCUCGGUUCCUCCACAACAGGCGCAGGGGUUGCAGCCUCCUGCAGCAGCGCCUCUUCGUCCGAACCCUACCGGCAGCACCAAUCCAUUCCGACAGAGUGCCUUCGUUAACCAGCAGACGGGCCAGGGAUGGCAGGUCGGCAGUGCGCAAGGAACUAUGGGGGGCUACGAGAGCCUCGAGACCGUGCCCGUCUUCCCGCGACCCGGGAUGAUGUAGCACGGAUUGGGAUUUCUUUCUUCCAACGAGGGGCCGAUUGACGAUGAGCAUGACCUUGGAAACGACAGGGUCUCAGCGGGUAGAGUUGAUUCUGGUUUCUUUUCU